GUAGUAGUAGUAGUAGUAGUAGUAGUAGUAGUAAUAAUAAUAAUAAUAAUAAUAAUAAUAAUAAUAAUAAUAAUAAUAAAUACAAAAAGAAAGAAAGAAAAGAAGAAAAACAACUCAGGACUCUAAAUACUUAUCUUCACAAACCCAGACUUACAACAGAAUGAAGAAACAGAGAUUUGAAAGACCGCCAUGUUGGACUGACGUUAUCAGCGAAAGCCGCGCACGCGCACACGCACACGCACACAUGAGCACACACACACACACACACACGAGCACACACACACACGCACGCACGCACUCACACGCGCACUCGGCUUUGAACUUGAGAAUGGCAAGCAGCGAAAAUACACCGGCUACAGACGGCGAGUCUGUUCAAAAAGAGCAAGACACUUAUGAUAAAAAGUGUAUUUUCUGUAAGAUUGUGAACGGGGAGAUGGACACCGAGCUUCUACACAGCGAUGAAGACACGUCAUGUUUCAGAGAUAUAAAACCGGGGGCUCCUCAUCACUAUCUUGUUGUGCCAACAAAGCACGUAGGGAAUUGUAAAUCACUUCGCAAAGAACAUGUUCCACUAGUGGAGAAAUUGCUGGAAACAGGAAAAGCAGUUCUUCAGAAGAACAACGUCACCGAUUUAAAUGAUGUCAGGUUUGGUUUUCACUGGCCUCCAUUUCAUUCUGUUGCACAUCUGCACCUCCACGUGUUGGCACCUGCCAGUCAAAUGGGCUUCAUCUCUCGCUUCAUCUACCGCCUAGACUCCUACUGGUUCGUCACGGCUGAUCAGUUGCUCCAAAGACUGAACUCAAUGGACUAAUAGAAGAAUGGAAAUGUCAUGUUGCCUUUACACUGAGAAUGUAAAUGGAUCGUCUCAGUGCUUAAGGAAAAGAGGUGAAGCGAAAGUGCCUCCAGGUUAUGAUUUAUUUUAGUCAUUAUUAUUUGCAUGUUAGCUUGUCUGUUUCUGACAGACAAACUGGGCAAAUUUGGAGAUAAGCCUUUUAAAUAAUUUAUUUUGACUGUUAAGUGGACAGGUUUAUUUAACUGAUGAAUGCUUGAGAAUAAUCUGAUAUUUACAUCACAGUCCCUGACAAAGGCAUUUUUAAGUAAUGUGUAUGUCUGCCUGAAUAACUAGAUACAAUUUCUGAUACUGAGAUUUAAAAAAAAAAACCCACAUCUAUGUGCAAUAUAAUAUUUGUAUAGCAUGCCAUACUCUCAGAUUUAGUAGCAUGUGAUUAAGGCAUAAUGCAUUCCAAUAAAGUCAACUUUGGCUAAUUACAAUCAACAUUCCCUACCAUUAAUAAAUAUGAAAAUAAAACACAACAGAGAAUAAAGGACAUUGAGCUGUGUUUAGAUCAUAUUUGACCUCAAAUGUGUCUCAUAUUCAACCUGAAGAUCAGUGUGACAGGUUUAUACUGUUUUUACCUAAAUUCAUGAAAGAAAAGGGGGGAAAAAACAACAUUCUUUUGGCUUGGGUAGGACUGUACUAAUGAACUCUAAUAUUUUUCAUAGAUUGCAUGUUCAAUUUAAACUGUACAAUGGUAUGUCAUAUCCUGUCUACAACAAUUUGUUGUUCGUUUAAGUGCGAGUGUGUGUGUGAGUGAGUGUGUGAACUGCUGAUAGAUUGGACCUGUUCAGUCCUGAUCAUUAACCCUAGGCUGCUAUACUCUGACCCAAGAACUCUGAAUACCUGUGUAAUGCAAGAAUGUAAACAAUUUUAUUGUAUUUGUGCAAAAGGUUGUUGUGAAUUAAAUCUAAUUGACUCUCAGAAUUAUUUUUUUUUUAAAUCAGUGUUAGGGGUCCUUUCUGUAUCUGGCUCAAGCAUGUGUAUUUAUGCAGAUCAAAAAUCCAGUGUGUAUGAUUUUACAACCAUUUCAGUGUUUUUCCACCUAUAUUGACACUACCAAAAAAUAAUAAUAAUAAUAAUUAUUGUAUUAAUGCAAUUUUAUUAUUAUGGCCUAUUCAUACACCCUGCCCAUUUCUUCCAAAGAAAAUUAGUUUAAUUGAGUUUAAGAUAAGUUCAUGUGACUAGACAAAUUAAUCAUUUGUCAUUAAAAGUGCAAAGUUAGUCAUUAGCACACAGUAGUAAAGUAAAACACACAUUGCAAUCGUACAUGGACAAAUGUAAUUAAUUGUAAGGGCAUGUAUAAAAAUACAUUUAUGUUGAAUUGGACUAGGGACAGCACGGUGGCACAGCUCCAGGGUCCCCAGUUCGGUCAGGUUACUAAUUAUGAAAUUGUAGUGUCCGUUGAUGGACUGACUUGCACCCAUCCAGGGUGCAUUCUUGCCUCAUGUCUAGUGUUCCCAUGAUCCACUGUGACCUUGACCAGGAUGAAGCAGUUACUGAAGAUGAAUGAAUCAGUGUGAAUGUUUUUCUUCCCUAGUUUCAUAAAUAUUUUAUCAUUUUUAUUUCACACAAUUGGUGUGCAUGCAGAACAUUUCAGGUUUGACACUUCUCUUAUCCUUUUUUUUAUGGGGCUAGAAAGUGCUUUUUUUCUUCUUUCUUUAUUUCCCCCAUAUUCGUGUUGAAUAUUUCUGGUGGGGGACCAAAUAUGAACCUGAAAUUUUGACAGAAAUAAGUCCUCUAUAGUAGCAUUCUGCUGUAAACAUUGUGAGUCUGAGAUUGGCAGUAAAUUCUGCAGGACAGUGGACCUCGAGGGCCAGCUUUGAAGAACCAACCUGAUCUAUAAUUUUGGUACAGGUGUACAGUUGGUAUAUGUGAAUAGAUUUUAUCCAAAUAUGGAAGUACAAUGUUCAGUUUGGUGUUUUACAAAUGAACAGUGUCAAACAGAGCUGUGGUGUAGUUUCUCCUGUGAUAAAAGCAGUAAGUGACUUCUGAGCUGUAGUCAAUUACUGCCAUUAUGACUUAAGCAUAACAUUAGCUUGCAUAACAUUAGCUACCUAACUACCAUUGACUGGAAUAUGUGUUUAAUUGGAGAAGAACAGUGCCACUGAUUUAAAUGAUGUCAGGUAAUUUGUAAUUUGGUUACAAUCUUGUAUCUGUUUUUUAACUUGAAUAACAUUGCUAGUAAAGUGCUGUUUUGAAGUGUUUUUCAAUGUGUUGAUCAUUUGGUUUUCACUGUUGCACAUCUGCAACUCCAUGUGUUGGCACCUGCCAGUCAAAUGGGCUUCAUGUCUGGCUUCAAAUAACGCCUAGACUCCUACUGGUUUCAUCACAGUGAGAAUGUUGAUUUGGGGCUUGGUUUUGGCUGUUUCAUUAAAAAUACUUUUACAUCUGGGACCAAAUUUACAGGGGCUUAGGGCACCUAAAGAAGAACUGUUUUGAACUUCUCUCACUGGGAAGGUAGGUACACCGUGCAAAUGAUGUGUUUUUUCACUGUGACGUGGAAGUGGCGCUACAUUAUAUCAAGGCGCGUUUGAAAACAGAUCAUUCAUAGAGCUAGCUUAUGCUAUAUGUAUCUAAAUCCAACAUGUUUCUAAGUCUCAAACAAAAAAGGUUCUGGCUUUAGUUGUUCUUUGGAGAAAAUGGGAGAAAUAAAUAGAGGGCAAGAAAAUGGAUGCAGUUUCCUGUGGGCAAAGCAGCACAGCUCUCUCCAUAGAGAAACAAUAGCUCCAUCUGUGAGAAGCAUUUUUACUGCUGAUGAUCUGUAGGCAGCCUUACUGUUUACAGAAGUGGUCUGUUGAACAGUCAUUCAAUUUGACUCUGGGAAGUACAUAUUUAUUUUUGAUUGAACUACCUAAAUCUGCUCAGUGAGUUAGUCAGUGACCUUUUAGCACUGACAUAUUGUGAUUUGGCAUAGAAUGAAAACCUCUUUUGUUUGCCUGUCCUCAGGCAAAACAUCUAUGAAAGAGCCUUUCAGCUGAUUAUGCUUCUCCCUUUAGUAGACUGUCGCAGUGCCCUGUAUAUGCAUGGAUUAAAUCAUUUUAUAUACUGUGCAUAGAUAAUUUGCAUUAAUUUAAUCAGACCCUUUUCUUGCAGUAUCUGAAAAC